AUGGUAAUAUUAGAUAUGUUGACUACAGUGUCUGCACAGCUUUGGUCUGUGGUAAACUUAUCCAUUUCCCUCCAUCACUGGAACAUCUCCAAGGAAUCAUGUCCUGAAAUAUCAAUGAUCUUGGUAAAAUCACCAACAGAAACUGAACUCAGAAUAAAGGAAAUCCUACAGAAAAUACACCAGCUGAUCCCGCCCAGACCCUUCACCCAUGUGAACAGCACCACCAGUGCCAAACACAGCGCAGUCACCAUCCUCAACCCUAGAGACACAUACUGCAGGGGGGACCAGCUGGAUAUUCUCCUGGAGGCCAGGGACCACCUGGGACACAGGAAAGAAUAUGGAGGGGACUUUUUGAGGGCCAGGAUGUCCUCCCCAGCUUUAAAGGCAGGCACCUCAGGAAAGGUGACAGACUUCAACAAUGGCACCUACCUUGUCAGCUUCACUCUGUUCUGGGAGGGCCAGGUCUCCCUGUCUCUCCUGCUCAUCCACCCCAGUGAAGGGGUGUCGGCUCUCUGGAGGGCAAGGAACCAAGGCUAUGAUAAAAUUAUUUUCAAAGGUAAAUUUGUUAAUGGCACCUCCCAAGUCUUCACUGAAUGUGGCCUGACCCUAAACUCUAACUCUGAACUGUGCACCUACCUGUACGGGAGAGACCAGGAAGCCUUCUACUGCAAGAAGCCUCAACACAUGCCCUGUGAGGCCCUGACCUAUAUGUCCUCCACGAACCGAGAAAUUUCUUAUCUUUCAGUCAAGGAGAAAAGCCUUUUCCAUAAGUGAGAUAAGGAGCCUGGACUCCUGCAGAGAGUGAUAGGGAGAAAAUCAAGGUUUUCAAACAAUAAAGCAGUUGCAUUUGCAAUUGGACAAGGUACUCUGGUAGUUGUGCUCAAGAAAUUAGCACUAAAAUUUUUUGAUCUUCAUGGAACUGGACCUUUUAAGAAACAUUUGCUUCUGGAUGCUGAAAGACAUACUCAGAUAUAAUGGAAAAAACAUAGCUAUCCUUUUAUCACUUCUCACCUUUAUUCUGUGACAGAAGAAGGUUAUAUCCCUCAGGAAAUUGACCAGAUUUCAGGUGACAAAAACACAGCCAUUGUCAUAACCUUUGGCCAAUACUUCAGACCUUUCCCCAUUGACGUUUUCAUUCACAGGGCCAUCAGUGUUCGAAAAGCUAUUGAACAACUAUUCCUAAGAAGCCCAGACACUAAAGUAAUCAUUAAGACAGAAAAUAUCAGGGAGAUGCAUGUAGAAACAGAGUGGUUUGGAGACUUCCAUGGUUACAUUCAGUAUCUUACCCUGAAUGACAUUUUCAAAGAUCUCAAUGUAGGUGUCAUUGAUGCCUGGGACAUGACUAUUGCAUAUGGCACCAAUAAUGUCCACCCACCUAAUAAUGUGAUUGAAAAACAGAUUAACAUGUUCUUGAACUACAUUUGCUAAAGAAAAAAUAAGCAAAGUCACUAGGAACCAAUUUUCACAUCCCAUGUGUAUUAUCAA